GGGAGUCAGUGAAAAGAGAGAGAAAAGAGACAGAGAAAGGGGAAUCUACCUCUUGGGACAGAGUAACUUUCAAGUCGAUACAGGAAAUAUACUCAUUGUAAAAGGUAAGAUUUAAUAUUUAGUUUUUUUCACUGCUGUAAAGGUUAUUAUUUUUGCUGCUUUACACAAAAAAAGUAAAUGUGGGAUUGGUUUUUGAAAAGGGUUCAAUAUUGGUGUCAUGUCAUAUUUCUGUCACUUUACUACUCUUUAAUUUAUGUUUUCUGUAAUAAUCUUUGUCAAUAAAGAGAACAUUUUCCACAAGGGGCAAAUAUAGACGUCUUGUAUAAAACUGCAGAUUUUGCACUGUGUGUCCUUUACCAUCCACUGAGCUUAAAGGACUUUAGACUAUGGGGAACAAUGGGGACAUUUACAGUUUCUAUGUGCAUUUUUGUAUAUGGAUAAAUAUAUGAAAUUGCAAAUACAUGGGCGAUUAUGCAUGCGUGCGUCUGUGUGCAUGUGUGUGCGGGUGUGUGCAUGCAUGUGUGUGUGUAAAGGAAUGUGAGGAGAGUGUGUCCUACAGAUGGUAGCUCAGAAGUGAUGAUGCAGGCCUCUCCUCCUCCCUCUCCUCCCCCUCUCCUGCCAUCCUCCUGUGACCAGCUGGCUUCAAUAGCCUCAGCUCCCUCCCCCCUCCCUCUUCAAGCCAAUCCAUUAGAUGAUCCCUUCUUCUACCUCCUCCUUUCCUUCCCAUCCCUGAAUUCUUUCUCCAUCUACACCACCCCAAAAUCUAACUUUCGUUUACAUUUGAGCACUACAGUCACUUUAGGCCUGCUUCAAGAGUUUGUCUAGGAUACUAUGACAUUUUUAUGUUGUAUACUAUAAUUCUAAGACUUUAGACUGUCUUCCUCAGUGAAUUGAUGUCUAUUCUGAAUCUUUAUCUUUGGCAGGGUCAAGGUUGGCCUGUGAAAAUCCACCUGACCAACUCCACUGAGACUUGUAUUACAAAUCUGGUAACACAGGUCGGGAACCUGGACAAACUUGGCCGUACCUGCAGGAGGUUUGGGUCGUGGCCCAAGUGAUCGGGCGUACACCAUUCACCAUUCAGAUUCAGUGGGUUUGGAUCAAUUGACCCUCUGGGAUUCAACCUUUUCAGAACCAACUAAAGAUUCCGGAAGGAUUUAAACUGUGAUCUAGCUGAUUCCUGUGUGGUUGAGACAAGACUGAAAAGACAGACAUUGGUUUACUGAAAUUUGUCAUGUAUUCACAAAGGAUUGUUUCUUUCUACUGAAACUGUGUGGGAAACUGACAUUUCCAACUGUGUCAAAACUGAAAAACCAACAUCCAAAAAACACCCAAGACCUCACAACCAUUUGAGACAAUAUGCCUCGCCUUCCUCUUCCUUGUUCAUCUUUGCCCCGCCCCAAAAUGACACCUAACCCCGCCCUUCUCCUUGGACUAAUUAUUCUCCUCCAAUGGGGUCCCCUGGGGGCCAGAGCUCAGAAUGACACUGAGCCAAUCGUGUUGGAGGGGAAGUGUCUGGUGGUUUGUGACUCCACUCCCUCGUCGGAACCGUCGGGUAACGCGUUGGGGAUGUCGGUGCGGUCGGGGACCGGUCGAGUGGCGUUCUCUGCCGUCAGGAACACUAACCACGAACCCUCUGAGAUGAGCAACCGUACCAUGACCAUCUACUUUGACCAGGUUAGUGAGACCAUACCAUGACCAUCCAGCAUGACUGAAUAACUGUGGUCAACCUUUACAUGAUAAAGAAGUCAACUUUUGUCAACUUUUAUCAACUUUUUAUCUCUCCCUCUCCAUCUCUCCCCUCUCUUUCUCCCUCUCUGUCCCCCACCUCUAUAUAUUUCUCUCCCUCUCUCUCUCCCCCCAACUCUCUCUCUCCAUCUCUCUCUCAGAUCCUGGUGAAUGUGGGCAGCCAUUUUGACCCAGCACGCAGCAUCUUCGUGGCUCCCAGAAAAGGAGUCUUCAGUUUCUGCUUCCAUGUGGUCAAAGUAUACAACCGACAGACAAUACAGGUAGGGGAUUACAGCAAAUGUAUGUAUAUUAUCUCUCUCUCCCUUCCAGUGGAGGCUCAUCAGAGGAGGAAGGGGAGGACCAUAGCAUAACAUAAAAAAGUUAGAUAAAACUAUACUAAAUAUAUUCACGUCACAAAUUAACUGAUUAAAACACACUGUUUUAUAAUGAAGGUCUACAGUAGCCUCAACAGCACUCUCUGGGAAGCACCAUGGUAUAGCCGGAGGACAGCUAUUUUCCGUCCUCCUCUGGGUACAUUGACUUCAAUACAAAACCUAGGAGGCUCAUGGUUCUCACCCCCUUUCAUAGACGUACAGAGUAAUUAUGACGUCUUCCGGAGGACGUCCUCCAACCUAUCAGAACUCUUGCUGCAUGAACUGACGUUGUCCACCGAAUCAAAGGAUCAGAGAAUGAAUCUAGUACUGAAAGCAUAAGCUACAGCUAGUUAGCGAUGCAGUGCAUAAAACGUGGUGAGUAGUUGACUCAAAGAGAGAGAAAGACAAUAGUUUAACAGUUUUGAACAAAUUAUUUUCUUCAAAAAUUAAGGAGAAGCAGCAGAGAGAGAGAGAGAGAGAGAGAGAGAGAGAGAGAGAUUUUGUUGUCUUUUUUUCACUUUCACUUACUUAGCUAGCUAAUGCAGCUAGCUAAUUUAGCCUACUCAAACGCUCGGCUCAAAGAGAGAGGAAGGCUAUUGAUGUUAGGUAGCUGGCUAAGGAUGUCCAACACUGGAACUCUUCCAAGUCAAGGUAAGCUUUCGGUUUUAUUAAUUUAUUGCCACUGAUUUAUCAGGUUUACCUGCACGUUAGUUCUAGUAGCUAUAUUGACUAUGUUAGCUAAUAUGAUGACAUUGACAACGAUGUAGGCUGUGUGUAGCGGUUAGCGGUUAUGCUAUGAAAGUUUGGCUUGGAAAGGAUUUUUCGCCUGGUCACAAACAGCUGUUGUGUUGUGCACUGAAAUCCACAAGCGAAGGGAAAAGGUGAGAGGAGGAGAGCGCAUAGAUGCGAGAAAUAAUUAUACAAUGAGCAAAGUGACGAUGCUGUUUGUAUGUGGGUGUUAUGAAAGUGAACUGUGUGUGCGGGUGAUCAGGGGUGCAUUCAUUCUGCCAAUUCUGUUUUUAAAAAACGUAUCCAAAACGGAAGCAAAUGAAACAAAACGGGGUUAAACCUACCAGCUAGAUGCAGUGUGCAAGGCUGUAUUGAACGUGUCACUGUCUGUCUCCUUGAUUACUCAAAUCAAAUCAAAUUUUGUUGGCCACAUGCGCCGAAUACAACAGGUGUAGAUGUUACAGUGAAAUGCUUACUUACAACCCUUAACCAACAAUGCAUUUAUUUUUUAAUAAAAAAGUAAAAUAAAACAACAACAAAAAAAGUGUUGAGAAAAAAAGAGCAUAAGUAAAAUAAAAGAACAGUAGUUGAAGUCGGAAGUUUAUAUACACCUUAGCCAAAUACAUUUAAACUCAGUUUUUCACAAUUCCUGACAUUUAAUCCUAGUAAAAAUGCCCUGUCUUAGGUCAGUUAGGAUCACCACUUUAUUUAAAGAAUGUGAAAUGUCAGAAUAAUAGUAGAGAGAACAAUUUAUUUCAGCUUUUAUUUCUUUCAUCACAUUCCCAGUGGGUCAGAAGUUUACAUACGCUCAAUUAGUAUUUGGUAGCAUUGCCUUUAAAUUGUUUAACUUGGGUCAAACAUUUCGGGUAGCCUUCCACAAGCUUCCCACAAUAAGUUGGGUGAAUUUUGGCCCAUUCCUCCUGACAGAGCUGGUGUAACUGAGUCAGGUUUGUAGGCCUCCUUGCUCGCACACGCUUUUUCAGUUCUGCCCACAAAUGUUCUAUAGGAUUGAGGUCAGAGCUUUGUGAUGGCCACUCCAAUACCUUGACUUUGUUGUCCUUAAGCCAUUUUGCCACAACUUCGGAAGUAUGCUUGGGGUCAUUGUCCAUUUGGAAGACCCAUUUGCGACCAAGCUUUAACUUCCUGACUGAUGUCUUGAGAUGUUUCUUCAAUAUAUCCACAUAAUUGUCCUUCCUCAUGAUGCCAUCUAUUUUGUGAAGUGCACCAGUACCUCCUGCAUGCAAGCACCCCCACAGCAUGAUGCUGCCACCUCCGUGCUUCACGGUUGGGAUGGUGUUCUUCGGCUUGCAAGUUACCCCCUUUUUCCUUCAAAAAUAACGAUGGUCAUUAUGGCCAAACAGUUCUAUUUUUGUUUCAUCAGACCAGAGGACAUUUCUCCAAAAAGUACGAUCUUUUUUGGAGCAGUUGCUUCUUCCUUGCUGAGCGGCCUUUCAGGUUAUGUCUAUAUAGGACUCGUUUAACUGUGGAUAUAGAUACUUUUGUACCUGUUUCCUCCAGCAUCUUCACAAGGUCCUUUGCUGUUGUUCUGGGAUUGAUUUGCACUUUCACACCAAAGUACGUUCAUCUCUAGGAGACAGAACACGUCUCCUUCCUGAGCGGUAUGACGGCUGCGUGGUCCCAUGGUGUUUAUACUUGUGUACUAUUGUUUGUACAGAUGAACGUGGUACCUUCAUGCGUUUGGAAAUUGCUCCCAAGGAUGAACUAGACUUGUGGAGGUCUACCAUUUAUUUUCGGAGGUCUUGGCUGAUUUAUUUUGAUUUUCCCAUAAUAUCAAGCAAAGAGGCACUGGGUUUGAAGGUAGGCCUUGAAAUACAUCCACAGGUACACCUCCAAUUGACUCAAAUGAUGUCAAUUAGCCUAUCAGAAGUUUCUAAAGCCAUGACAUCAUUUUCUGGAAUCUUCCAAGCUGUUUAAAGGCACAGUCAACUUAGUGUAUGUAAACUUCUGACCCACUGGAAUUGUGAUACACUGAAUUAUAAGUGAAAUAAUGUAAACAAUUGUUGGGAAAAUCACUUGUGUCAUGCACAAAGUAGAUGUCCUAACCGACUUGCCAAAACUAUAGUUUGUUAACAAGAAAUGUGUGGAGUGGUUGAAAAACGUGUUUUAAUGACUCCAACCUAAGUGUAUGUAAACUUCCGACUUCAACUGUAUACAGGGGGGUACCGAUGCAGAGUCAAUGUGCGGGGGCACCGGCUAGUUGAGGUAGUUGAGGUAAUAUGUACAUGUGGGUAGAGUUAAAGUGACUAUGCAUAAAUAAUUAACAGAGUAGCAGCAGCGUAAAAAGAUGGGGUGGGGGUGGGGGGCGGCAGUGCAAAUAGUUUGGGUAGCCAUGAUUAGCUGUUCAGGAGUCUUAUGGCUUGUGGGUAGAAGCUGUUGAGAAGUCUUUUGGACCUAGACUUGGCACUCCGGUACCGCUUGCCGUGCGGUAGCAGAGAGAACAGUCUAUGACUAGGGUGGCUGGAGUCUUUGACAAUUUUGAGGGCCUUCCUCUGACACCGCCUGGUAUAGAGAUCCUGGAUGGUAGGAAGCUUGGCCCCAGUGAUGUACUGGGCCGUACGCACUACCCUCUGUAGUGCCUUGCAGUCGGAGGCAGAGCAGUUGCCAUACCAGGCGUUGAUGCAACCAGUCAGGAUGCUCUCGAUGGUGCAGCUGUAGAAUCUUUUCAGUCUCCUGAGGGGAAAUAGGCUUUGUCGUGCCCUCUUCACGACUGUCUUGGUGUGUUUGGACCAUGAUAGUUUGUUGGUGAUGUGGACACCAAGGAACUUGAAGCUCUCAACCUGUUCCACUACAGCCCCGUCGAUGAGAAUGGGGGCGUGCUCAGUCCUCUUUUUUUCCCCUGUAGUCCACAAUCAUCUCCUUUGUCUUGGUCACGUUGAGGGAGAGGUUGUUAUCCUGGCACCACACGGCCAGGUCUAUGACCUCCUCCCUAUAGGCUGUCUCAUCGUUGUCGGUGAUCAGGCCUACCACUGUUGUGUCGUCGGCAAACUUAAUGAUGGUGUUGUAGUCGUGCCUGGCCAUGCAGUCAUGGGUGAACAGGGAGUCCAGGAGGGGACUGAGCACGCACCCCUGAGGGGCCCCCGUGUUGAGGAUCAGUGUGGCAGAUGUGUUGUUCCCUACCCUUACCACCUGGGGGCGGCCGGUCAGGAAGUCCAGGAUCCAGUUGCAGAGGGAGGUGUUUAGUCCAAGGAUCCUUAGCUCCAAUUUGUCUCUCGACACCUACAGUGCCUUCAGAAAGUCUUCACACCACUUUACUUUUUCCACAUUUUGUUGUGUUACAACCUGAAUUUGAAAUGUAUUAAAUUGAGAUUUUGUGUCACUUGCCUACACAGAAUAUCCCAUAAUGUCAAAGUGGAAUUAGGUUUUUCAAAUUUUUACAAAUUAAUUCAAACUUAAAAGUUGAAAUGUCUUGAGUCAAGAAGUAUUCAACCCCUUUGUUAGGGCAAGCCUAAAUAAGUUCAGGAGUAAACGUUUUCUUAACAAGUCACAUAAUAAGUUGCAUGGACUCACUCUGUUUGCAAUAAUAAUGUUUAAUGUUUAAUAAUGUUGAUUUUUGAAUAACUACUGACUACUGUACCCCCACACAUCAAUCUGAAGGGCACCUAUUGGUAGAUAGGUAAAAAAUGAAAAAAGCAGAUAUUGAAUAUCCCUUUGAGCAUGGUGAAGUUAUUAAUUACACUUUGGAUGGUGUAACAAUACACCCAGUCACUACAAAGAUACAGGCGUCCUUCCUAACUCAGCAGCUGGAGAGGUAGGAAACCGCUCAGGGAUUUCACCAUGAGGCCAAUGGUGACUUUAAAACAGUUAGAGUUUAUUGGCUGUGAUAGGCUAAAACUUUCUGAAUACAAAAUAUUAUGUUUGGGGACAAUCCAAUACAACACAUUACUGAGUACCACUCUCCAUAUUUUCAAGCAUGGUGGUGGCUGCAUCAUGUUAUAGGUAUGCUUGUCAUCGUUAAGGACUGGGGAGUUUUCAGGAUUUAAAAAAAAAACGGUUAAGCACAGGCAAAAUCCUAGAGGAAAACCUGGUUCAGUCUGCUUUUCACCAGACACUGGGAGAUGAAUUCACCUUUCAGCAGGACAAUAAUCUUAAACACAAGGCCAAAUCUACACUGGAGUUGCUUACCAAGAUGACAUUAAAUGUUCCUUAGUGGCCGAGUUACAGUUUGACUUAAAUCUAUUUGAAAAACUAUGGCAAGACCUGAAAAUCGUUGUCUAGCAAUGAUCAACAACCAAUUUGACAGAGCUUGAAGAAUUUAGAAAAUAAGAAUGGGAAAAUGUUGUACAAUCCAGGUGUAUAAAUCUCUUAGAGACUUACCCAGAAAGACUCACAGCUGUAAACGCUGCCAAAGGUGAUUCUACAGAGUAUUGACUCAGGUGUGUGAAUACUUAUGUAAGUUAGAUAUUUCUGUAUUGAAUUUUCUAUAGAUUUGCAAACAUUUCUUAAAACAAGUUUUCACUUUCAUUAUGGGUAGAUGGGUGAGAAAUAAAAUCUAUUUAAUCUAUUUUAAAUUCAGGCUGUAACACAACAAAAUAUGGAAUAAGUCCAGGGGUAUGAAUACUUUCUGAAGGCACUGUACGUUGUAAACUUUCAUUCGUAGGCUAGGUUGUAGCAACCUCAUGAUGGGUAUAGGAAAAAUGUGAGUAUCUUAAACGCACUGGUGUAAAGUACUUAAGUAAAAAUACUUAAGUACUACUUAAGUAGUUUUUUGGGGUAUCUCUACUUUCCUAUUUAUAUUUUUGACAACUUUUACUUUACUACAUUCCUAAAGAAAAUGAUGUACUUUUUACUCCAUACAUUUUCCCUGACACCCAAAAGUACAUUUUGAAUGCUUAGCAGGACAGGAAAAUGGUCUAAUUCACACACUUAUCAAGAGAACAUCUCUGGUCAUCCCUACUGCCUCUGAUCUGGCGGACUCACUAAACACAUGUUUUGUUUGUAAAUUAUGUCUGAGUGUUGGAGCAUGCCACUGGCUAUCUGUAAAAAAAAAAUUUAAAACAAGAAAAGGGUUCCAUCUUGUUUGCUUAAUAUAAGAAAUUUGAAAUGAUUAUACUUUUACUUUUGAUACUUAAGUAUAUUUGAGCAAUUACAUUUACUUUUGAUACUUAAGUAUAUUUAAAAGAAAAUACAUUUAGACUUUUACUCAAGUAGUAUUUUACUGGGUGACUUUCACUUUUACUUGAGUCAUUUUCUAUUAAGGUACUCAAGUAUGACAAUUGGGUACUUAACAUGGGAAACAGCACGACCUGCAGGUAGAAGGGAGGGGUAGAGCGAAGUGAGAGCGAGAAGAGAGAGAGAGGAGAGAGAGCGAGAGAGAGCAGAGAGAGAGAGGAGAGAGCAGAGAGGAGGAGAGAGAGAGGAGAGAGAGAGAGAGCGAGAGAGAGAGGAGUCGUAGAGCGAGAGCAGCGAGAGAUAGGAGCGAUCUCGUCUAUCGAUCUAUCUAUUUCUCUCUCUCUCUCUCUCCUCUAUCUUCGCUCUAGCUCUCUCUCUCUCUCUCUCUCUCUCUCUCUCUCUCAGAGUGAUUUGGGAUCUCUGCUUUUACCGGUGAUCAGGACAUAAAGCCUUGUUCACACUGCAGGCCUUAAUGCUCAAAUCUGUUUUGGAAUACUGACUGUCCAAACAGCAAGUUACAAGUGAUCAAAUCGGAUUUGUGUGUGUUCAGACACCAGUAAUUUACUGACAUGGCUACGCUAGUAACAAGGUGUGUGUGCGCAGUGUUUUAGGCUGAUUGGUGGUGGUGCUCGCGCUUCCUAUAACUCAGAAGUUAUGCAGCAAGCUAAGGUGACAAGAAUGCCUGCCAUGGAAGUUUCCCAGUUGCUUUAAAUGUUCAAAAUCAUAGUGUAAGAACACUUUUAAAGCCUCAACGGAUAAGAUUAUUCAACUUUUAAAAAUAGUCAUUUUUAGCAAGCCACUGUAGUCAACUAGCAGGCUAGGUAGCUGUUUAGCUUUCUAGCACAGUCACUAAUUUGUUUGUAAAUAAUUAACAAGCUAGUUAGCUACCACAUGUUCUUGUCAAACUGUCAACAGAGUAGCUAGCAAGCAAGAAGAUAUGCCAAAUAAGAGGCAAAUAAAUCAGAUUUGUCGCAUGGCCAGGAAUCAGAUUUGUAUUGGACUUCAAACCACCUACGAAGGUGGUUUGAAAUGUGGCUUUAAAUAUCCGAUUCCAUGUGCUUUUUGGCUGUUCAGACUGCAGGAAAAUAUUUGAAUGCAAAAUAAUAGGAUUUGAGUCACUUCAAACUGCAAAUGUGAACAACGUUUUACUCUCUCUCUCCCUACCUCCCACCCCCCCUUUGCCUCUGUCCCUCUCUCUCAGGUGAGUCUGGUAUUGAACGGGCACCCAGUGAUUUCAGCAUUUGCCGGGGACCAGGACGUGACCAGGGAAGCAGCCACCAACGCUGGGUUGGUUACCAUGGAGAGAGGAGACAAGGCUUAUCUCAAACUGGAGAGAGGGAACCUGAUGGGGGGAUGGAAAUACUCCACCUUCUCUGGGUUUCUGGUGUUUCCUUUGUAGAGAGGGAAGGAGGG